AUGGAUGAAGGGGGCUUUGGCUUCAGAGAUUUUCGAGAUUUCAAUCUUGCACUGUUAGCAAAGCAGGUAUGGCGCCUACUGGUAUAUCCUCAUUCUCUCCUGGCGCGCGUCCUCAAAGGGCGAUACUACCGGCAUUCGAACCCACUGAGAACAGGGAAAGCCCAUAACCCAUCCUAUGGCUGGUGCAGUUUGAUGGCGGCUAAGCAUGUGCUGGAAGGAAGCCUAUGCAGAACGAUUGGAACGGGAGCAAGGACAAUGGUAUGGGAGGACGUCUGGAUUCCAGGCUCCCCGGCUAGACCGGCACAUCCAGCUCGUUUGGACUAUGAUCCGGACCUAAGAGUGCACCACCUAAUAAAUUUUGAAACUAAGCAGUGGGAUGAGGCUUUCAUUUCCGAGGUGAUUCGUGCAGAAGAUAUCCCAGGGAUACUCGAAUUAAAAAUAAGCAAAACAGGACGUCAUGAUGGCUAUGUCUGGAAGCAUACAUUAUCUGGGAAUUAUACCGUGAAAACUGGAUACGAAGUUGCAGUGGCACAAAGGAAAAAUCAGAGUGAUAGCCAGGUUCUCGAGCCAAGCAUAAGGGAUUUAAAAUCGAAGGUAUGGAAACUGAAGACUGCGAGGAAGAUAAAACAAUUUCUAUGGCUAGCUUUAUCGAGCUUUGUGGCUUCGGCAAGCAAGCUUGUGGAAAGACACUGUGGUACAGACACAACAUGUCAGCGAUGCGGAGCAGCAGUGGAGAACAUCAAUCACAUCCUUUUUGAUUGUCCACCAGCUCUACAAUGCUGGGCGCUGUCUGCUAUCCCUUCACCUCCGGGGCUCUUCCCGUGCUCGUCUCUGUUUGUGAAUUUCGACCAUCUCCUUCAGCAAGCGAGAAAUGAUAAGUGCUUUAACGGCAAAGACAUAUCACCAGGUGAUACACUCCAGCUAGCUACUCAAGAAGCCACAGCAUGGAGCAUAGCUCAGCUAGGAGAACCAAUGGAAGAACCGGACGCGACAACAACGACGACACAAAGAAAUCAAACUACUGGAAUGUCUUCGGCAGACAUCUGGACCUGUCAAGUGUAUGGAUCCUGGUUGGCUAAGGAAGAAUGGAUGGGGCUAGGCUUCGUGUUAAUUGCAAACGAGGAGAUCAUUUUGGAAGGACAGAGGUGCUGCCCUCGAGCACAAGCACCACUUCAUGCCGAAGCAAAGAGCCUAAGCUGGGCUAUGAAAGAGGUAAAGAAUCGCGGAUUCCACCGAGUAAGAUUUGAAUCUGACUGCCAACAGCUGGUAAACAUCAUCCUAUAUGAGGAUGAAUGGCCCUCAAUGGCGCACGAAAUAGAAGACAUAAAAGCUACUGCUACAUGCUUUCAAAAGCUUGAGUUUUCUUAUAUGUUUCGUUCUCUAAACCUCAGUGCGGACUCCCUAGCUAAGGAAGGACGAUCACGUGCUUUACGAUUUGCGAAUGUAAAUAUUAAGGUUCAUCAAGGGCUCGCUCAUGCAGCGGACCUAAACGAACCAGUUUGA